CGUACUUCCGUUUUCCGGUUGAUUGUCUGCAUCGGGUGUAAGACUGUAAACAAACCAGGAACUCAGAAAUGAUACACAGUCUCUUUGUCAUUAACAACACAGGGGAUGUGUUUAUGGAGAAACAUUGGAAAAGUGUGGUCAAUAAAUCCAUUUGUGAUUAUUUCUUUGAAGCUCAAAGCAAGGCUUCCAACCCAGAAGAUGUGCCCCCAGUCAUUUCCACCCCCCACCAUUAUCUUAUCAACAUCUACAGAGGCAGCCUCUACUUUGUUGCUGUUGUCACUACAGAGGUUCCCCCACUGUUCGUGGUAGAGUUCCUGCACAGAAUUUGCGAGACAUUUGAGGAUUAUUUCUCUGAGUGUACGGAAUCUGUUCUCAAAGAAAACUAUGUCAUAGUCUACGAGCUGUUGGACGAGAUGCUGGACAAUGGAUUCCCCCUGGCUGUAGAGUCCAAUGUCUUGAAGGAGCUCAUCAAGCCUCCAAACUUCUUGAGGACAAUCACAGACACAGUCACUGGAAAGUCAACAAGUGUGGGUGCCACAUUGCCAACUGGUCAGUUGUCCAACAUUCCAUGGCGCCGGACAGGUGUUAAGUACACCAACAAUGAGGCCUAUUUUGAUGUCAUCGAGGAAAUAGAUGCCAUCAUAGACAAGUCUGGCUCCACUGUUAUAGCUGAGAUUCAGGGAUAUAUUGACUGUCUGAUCAAGUUGAGUGGGAUGCCAGACCUGACACUUUCCUUUGUGAAUCCAAGACUUUUAGACGAUGUCAGCUUUCAUCCUUGUGUCCGGUUUAAGAGAUGGGAGUCCGAGAAGAUUUUGUCCUUUGUCCCGCCUGACGGCCACUUCCGUAUGAUGUCCUACCAUAUAGGUGCCAACAACAUGGUAGCCAUUCCCCUGUACCUCAAACACAAUAUCUCAUACAGAGAGGGAAGUGGGGGCAGGUUUGAUGUCACAAUAGGACCCAAACAGACCAUGGGAAAAACUAUUGAGAAUGUGGUGUUGGAGGUCCCCUUCCCCAAAUCUGUGCUCAACGUGACCUUGACCGCCAGCCAAGGGAAAAAUUCGUUUGACCCCGUGUCUAAGCUGAUGACUUGGGAUGUGGGGAAGAUUGACCCUGGCAAGCUGCCCAACAUUAAAGGCAGUAUAACUCUUCAGACUGGGGUGCCAGUUCCUGAGUCUAACCCCACAAUCACUGUGAUGUUUACAAUCAACACAUUUGCUGUAUCAGGUCUUAAAGUCAAUCGUCUUGACAUGUAUGGUGAGGAACUUGCUCGUAGCUGGAAAUACAAACCAUUCAAGGGAGUGAAGUACAUAACCAGAGCUGGCAAAUUUCAAGUUAGGACAUAAGAGUUACCUUUUCUUAGUGGAGAACUAGCUAUGUAAACAGAACAAUUUAUAUUGAUAAAAACAGAAUGACUGAGGGAAUACGAGGUUAAUUUUGUAGUUUAUUAUGGAAGAGAAAAAUAAGUGAGGUAUGGGACCAAUUUGUCUGAUUGUGACUCUAUUUGAUGUUCACAUUUAUGUAAUGUGAAAAGAUACAUUUAGUAAUAACAAUGUUUGAGUUAGGAGUUAUGUCCCUUCCCUAUAGAAAUACAACUUGUCAGCUGUAUAUAGGAGAGGAAACAUCUUGGGAUAAAAGCAAGGACAUACAGGUGCAAUAAAUUAUGUAGAAACUGUUGUUGUUGUUGUUCUAAUGGAUGAUGUCUAGUUGUUGUUACCAAUAUUUUGUCGUCAUGUGAUUUUGGUAAUGUGUACAUUUGGUUCUUUUUUUUUAUUGGAUCACAAUUUUAUGUGAACAUUGUGAUAAUUGGUUCAUGAUAUCUAAUACUGAGUAAAUUAAAACACAAAUGGGGUGGGGGUGGGAGCAUUGUCAUUUUUAUGUAUCCUCAAAAGUAUUUGUCAUGAUGAUGUGCUGUUGUGUGUGGUACCAGCGAUCUUAUCAGUGACAACACCAGCAGUACGUGAUUUGUUGGUUGGUUGAAGCUAACGAGUCCUUGAGAUUUGAUUGGUUGAGGCUAAUGAGUCCUGGUGAUGCCACCAAUAAAAUAUCACUAGGUU